AUGGCCACCAAGUCCUUCCUCUCCACAAUCUCACCCACAGCCUACAGGGCACUCCUCUCCACCGCUGGACGUUCUGCGUCUGUGGCGCCCAUAGACGCCACCUGGUACAUGCCAAACAACCCCAAGAAUGGCAGGGACGAAUACCACAAGGAACGGAUCGAAAACGCCAGAUUCUUCGACCUCGACGCCACCUCGUUGCCAGGAUCCAAGUACCCGCACAUGUUACCCAGCUACGAGGAUUUCACGCUGGCAGUGGCGCAAUUGGGCAUUUCGUCCAAGGACCAGUUGGUGGUAUAUGACAAGUCCGGCAUUUUCUCCAGCCCCAGAGCUGCCUGGACAUUUGCGCUCUUUGGCCACCCCAAGGUGUAUCUCUUGGACAGCUACGCCUCCUACAAGAGCGGCGAGUACCCUGUUGACACCAAGGAACCUCUGCCAACACCCAGCACCGAGGCGUACCAGCCAAUCUCCAAAGAGCAGUUUGCCCAAAACUACCAGAGCCAGGUGAUCGAGUACGACGAGCUCUUGGAAUUGGUCAAGUCCCACCAGUUGGGCAAGCAGUACAUUACUUUUGACGCCAGAUCGAAAGACAGAUUCACGGGUGAAGCGCCAGAACCAAGACCAGGGUUGAGCUCGGGACACAUUCCUGGCGCGUUGUCCUUGCCGUUCAGCAAGCUUCUUACCGGCGAAGGCACCUACAAAAGCAAGGAGGAAUUGUUGAAGGUGUUUGCGGACGAGUUCGGGUUCGACUUGAGCAACAGCGACUUCUUAGAAGACAAGAAGGGUAUCAUCGUCAUGUGUGGCUCGGGAGUCACUGCCGUGAUCUUGAAGUUUGCCAUCAACUCCAUCAUUGGUUUGGACGUUCCUGUCAGGGUGUACGACGGCUCGUGGACCGAGUGGGCCGACAGGGCCCCUACGGAGUACAUCGACAAGAGCGAGGUGGCACGGGAAAGUGUAUAA